ACAAAUCAACCUUAUUUUGCAUUAAAAAAAAUCACAUCUUUUAGACUCUUCCUCGUUUGUCUGCCGACUGGCUUCAAAUUCUUCAUCCACAACAAAAUCCAAACCCAAGUCAUAGUCCAUCACGGUCAUCCCCAAGUUUUUUUCAUCACCAAAAUCCCAAUUCAAAAUCCACCAUGAUUCACCCUCUAUGAUCCUUUAAUUCCCUAAAAGGAACAGAAUAACAGAUAACCAGAGGAGAAAAUGGAGAGCAUAAUAUCCACGUGGCAACUGUCGUUUUUGUUUGGGGUUUUCACAUGGAUCGUUGCUUCUUCAAUGUUUAAUGUCACCCACAAAGUUCGAUCCUUUGUUCAACCGUGGGUCUCUCGUCGUGUGAUCUCCGGUACUCCGACUAUUCUCCAGAUCCAGAAAUACCAGCAUGGUUUUUGGGAUGCUUUCUUCUCUGGGUUAUCUUGUGUUGUAUCUGUGCCUUUUUAUACUGGUUUUCUUCCCUUGCUAUUUUGGAGUGGACACGGGAAAUUGGCGAGGCAAAUGACACUUUUGAUGGCAUUUUGUGAUUAUACCGGGAAUUGUAUAAAGGACGUUGUGUCCGCCCCUAGACCCAAAUCACCACCCGUUAGAAUAUUAACCGCCACCAAAGAUGAGAAAGAAAAUGCAUUGGAAUAUGGAUUACCGUCUUCUCACACACUUAAUACUAUUUGUUUAUCCGGGUACCUCUUGCACUAUAUCUUUUCAUGUCAUGAAAACAUUAAUGCAUCAUAUCAAGUAGCAGCAUUUACAUUUGCUUGCUUGUUUGUAGGCCUUAUUGGCCUUGGAAGAAUAUAUCUUGGCAUGCAUAGUUUGAUUGACAUCUUCGGUGGUCUCGUUCUUGGAUUGAUGAUUCUUGCAUUUUGGCUUCAAGUUCAUGAAUACGUCGACAAUUUUGUAAUUUUAGGAAAAAACGUUACAUCCUUUUGGAUUGCACUUAGCUUCUUGUCACUCUUUGCGUACCCGACACCUCAGCAUCCAACUCCAAGUUUCGAGUUUCAUACGGCUUUUACUGGCGUCACAUUGGGAAUUGUGACAGGUGUCCAACAAACUUACCAUCAAUUCCACCACGAAAACGUGCCACGUGUAUUCACACACAACCUCGGACUCCCCGCCUUUGCUGGCAGAACCCUAAUCGGCAUCCCCACCAUCCUGCUAGUCAAAUUCUGCAGCAAAGCUUUAGCAAAAUGGAUUCUACCAAUUACCGCAAGUGCGCUGGGCAUCCCAGUAAGAUCAUCCGGCUAUGUCACGGCUUUGACUGGUCCUUUGGGGGUCAAAAAGUCAAAUGAAGUCAAACAGUCAGGCGGGUAUCUCCAAAAGAUGUUUUUCAACAGGCAGGAAUCGUUCGACGUUGAUACUGGCAUCCGGUUGUUGCAGUAUGCUGGUCUUGCUUGGUCGGUGGUUGAUCUUGUUCCGUCUUUGUUUUCGCAGUUCGAUUUGUGAUAUAUGAAAUAUAUGAUCAUUUGUUGAGGGUUUUGAGAUAUUUCUUGUGUAUAAAAUGUGUAAUAGGACUAGUAAACUUUCUUUUGGUAGAUAUAUUUGAUCAUUCUAAGUCUAUAUUUCAUGUAGUGUAAGUGCUUGUAACAAUCAAGUUUUCCAAGUUUUAGAUCA